AUGAUAUCCUCCAAGUACAAACUGCUCGCUGCCGUUGUGGCAUUUGCCGGAGUCCAGGUUCAUGCGGCCUGUGAGCCCGAAAUCUCUUUUCCUGCUCCAGAAUACAACAACACUACAUUGGACCAUGUUUUCAAGAUCAUUGAUGGCAAUCUGAACACAGCAAUUGUAGCUGGCGAUUUCAACGGAACGUCUUUCUCCUUGGAAAUUUCUUCCUCCAAGGAGACCAUGCACACCAAGUACCAUUUCGAUGAAUCUCUGGGAGGCUCGCCGAUCAACGAAUCCUCCAUAUAUCGGAUUGCCAGCAACACAAAGAUCUUUACUGCACUGGGCAUAAUACGUCUGGAGGCUGCAGGCAAACUUAGCCUGGAUGACGAAGUCACAGACUAUAUCCCGAAACUGUUGGACGGUGCUGGCAAGAUCUCAUGGAAAGGCAUUACCAUUCGCUCCCUCUUGUCCCAUUCAAGCGGAAUUCCUGACAACUGUGGGUUUCUAUCGUUUCUCAAUAUUGAUCCGAGUCCAGGCACUGACUUUCUUUUUGGACAAGAUGGGGACGAGGACUUGGCUCUUUUGCUGUCCGAUCCUUCAGUUGUCGGUCUGCCACCUUUGACAGAAUCACAAUCCAAGCAGUUACCCAAGUGUGAUGCUUACACCGAUUACGAAGUACCGUGCACGGCGGACGAUUUCGUAAACGGUCUUCACCACCUGACCCCGGUCUUUGCACCUCAAAAGGAAUCAUCAUACAGCAAUGUUGGCUUCGAUCUUCUUGGACAAGUGAUCUCGAAUGUUAGCAGAAUUCGCUAUGAGGAUUACAUUACCAAAACCAUCAUCAAUCCCCUUGGGCUACACAACACCUCUUUUGAUGUUCCGGAUAGCUUGAGCGCAGCCAGCGCUGGACCUAACUCGGACUGGGGCCAUGAUGCCGGUGCAGGGAACCCGGGAGGUGGCCUCUACAGUUCUUCUUCGGACAUGAUCAAAUUUUUGCGAUGGAUUCUCAGCAAUUACAAACACCUAUCGCCAACGAUGAAUUGGCUGCAGCCCGCUGCCUGGAAUACUGGCUCACAUUCCCUGCUCGGCUAUCCAUGGGAGAUAUUCCGUACCACGGACAUCCUACCUAAAACCAAGCGCCCGGUUACUUUCUAUACUAAGGGCGGUGGCCUCACGGGAUAUUACAGCUACAGCAUCAUUAUACCACAGUACAACAUUGUACUCUUCAUGGCUGUCGCAGGGGAUUUGACCGCACUGAACACGAUUUUCACUCAAAUUCUCAACCCGCUGGUCAUUGCGGCCGAAGCCGAAGCCAUGUCUCAGCUGAAGUACACCUACGCCGGUGUCUACGAGUCGGCAAAGAAAAGUUUGAACUCUUCAAUCACCUUGACUCAAACUGAUCCUCGAGCAUUGCAUAUAACAUCAUGGAUUUCCAACUCAACAGAUGUUCUAGCAAGUUUGAUCCCACUUGUUGCUGCCAAAGCUGGAACGAGUGGAGAUAUGUAUCUCCAGCUGCAGCCAACCUUUGAGAAAAGACACCGGGAUGGUUUGGUAGGUGAAGUUUGGCGUUUCAUCAAUGUGAUUGAUGAUUAUGACCUCCCCACAAAUGCCACCACUGUCUGGAAUGACUACUGCGUUUCGAAUGUUGAUCCACUUUCCUAUGGCACAGUACCUUUGAACGAGGCAGUGUUUUGGAGAAAGUCAACUGAUUCGAACUCGCCUGUCACUGAUGUUACCCUUUCUGCCUUCAGGGUUGAUCUGAAGAGAAAGUGA